CGCAUCAGUAAAUCACUGUAGAUUAUUAUUCAUUUUUAUUGUUUAUUGUUGAAUUAUAAAUUGUUUUAAAAACAGUUUAUGUAAAUUUUAAGGUGAGAAUUCUUGUUGAUAAAAUAAAAGAUUGUGUGUUAAGACGGGCCCACGAGGCGUCACUUACUACGUCACUUCCGCAUGAGCCCCUUGGAAGAGAAGCCGGAAGAGACGUGUGGAAGCUUCACACCUCUGACUCUCUGUAAUGAACCGACACUGAGAGUCGCGAGUCGUUCAGCAUGGAGAAGUUUGGGGUGAGCUUCGGCGGAGGUCUGAGCAAAAAAGAGCUGCUUGAAUGUGUUGAAAGUCAGAAGAAGCAGCUCAUCCAGUACCAAACCCGUUUUAAAGACCUUGUCCAGGCCUAUAAGAGUUUACUGAAGGAGAAGGAGGCGUUGGAAGCUAGCCUGAAAGUCCUGACGGUGUCUGCACAGUGUCCGGAGCCCAACACCGAAUACGCUGAAGACCAUGGGUCACUGCACAGUGAAGACAGCCUGGACGCUGCUGAAUCCGGUGGUGAAAGUGUUGUGACUGGCAGCAGCAUAACGAGUGAUGCCACAGAUGAGAACCAGGUCGAUCAUGGAGAAGGUAACAUAGUGUUUCCACAGCCAGAGAAGAGCGAAUUAGAAAACAACACCGGCCCUGCAGCUGUGGAGCAAACAUUAGGCUCAGCAAACGCAAAAUCAGACCACCGGAUAAACCAACUCAAGUCUCAGCUGACUACCUUGACCUCGUCCUUGACCACAGUUACGCAGGAAAAGUCCCGGAUGGAAGCCUCUUUCCAAGCUGAUAAGCGUAAGAUGAAGCAGGAGUUGGAGGAAGCACGGGAAAAACUAGAGGACGAGCGUAAGCAGCACCAGCUUGAACUCCAGGCAGUUCAGGAACAGCUAGCGGAGAGCAGAGCACGCGUGAUUAUGCAGCAACACCAGUAUGAUCAAGAACAGCAUGACCACGGCCAUAUGCUUCGUGAACUUCAGAAACUCCUGCAGGAAGAGAGAAGCCUUAGGCAGGAUACAGAACUUCAGUUGGAGGAUGCCAAGAAAGCUUUUGCAGAAACCAUGCAGAGCAAAGACAAAGGGUUAGUUUAUGAAGAGCAGCUGAAGCAGGUUAAUCAGCAGUGUGAAUCAUUGAAGAUCAGUCUGCAGGCUCUGGAGGCCGAGAAAAGCAAACCUGAGCAGCGAGUGCUGGAACUGCAGCAGGAGAUCGCUGAUCUAAAAGCGCACUUUAACCAACAGCUUCAGCAGGAGAUUAGAAAGGUUGCUCAGGCAGAUGUCUGCUUGCAGAAGCAGGCCCAACUGGAAGAGCAGCGAGUGGCAAGUCUAGAGGAGCGGGUUUCUGAGCUGUCUGGGCUGCUGGGUGCGAGUGAGAAGGCCAGGCAGAAAGACCAGCAGAAUGCUCAGAGGCUCCGUGAGCAUAUCCUCCAGCUGGAUUCAGAGAACAAGGCCCUAACUAUUGCAGCCAGCACUUCCAGGAACACCUCAGGUGAUCUUGGAAUUGAUGAACUGAAUUUGGAUGUGAACACACUGAAGGACAAGCUGGAGAAGGUAAAGAAGCUGUUGCAGCUGGUUGCACAGAGAUCUCCAGAAAAAAGUUUGGAAAUUGAGAAAAUAAUGGAGGGAGCAGGGGGACAGGAUGCAGAGAAGGACUCGGUGCAGUUCUAUCAGCAAGAGCUGCGACAGCUAAAGGAGGAGUUUGAGCGAUACAAAGUGCGAGCACAGGUAGUCCUAAAAAAUAAGAACGGCAAAGACAGUGCGCAGAGCAAAGAGCUUGAGGAAGCUCGGAACCAGCUGGCAGAACUGAAGGAAAAAUACAUCAACCUGCGUGUGCAGUUAGAAGAAGCCAAGAUGACGCACAAGCAGGAGAUUAAGGAGCAACAGCAAGCACUAGCAGCUCUUCAUCAGUCUCAUAAACAGGACAUGGAGAAGCUAGAGGCUCAACACAGAGAGAAUUUCUUGCACCUUGAGGCAGAGCUGCACAAGCAGAGAGAGCGCACCAUGGCUCUACUCGAAGAAAAGGACCUUGAACUAGAAAAACUUCGAUCCGAAACCACUGCAAGUGACGUAGCAGAAAGGGGAUUUAAAGGGGAUGUUGAGUUUGAGAGUUCUGUGCAUGAAGAUGGUGAGACGUUCACGCUGAAGCUCGCCACCCCCCCAAAAAACACCUUGCUGCUGUAUGCCGAACAUCUGGCUCGAAACGAAGUGGAGAUUUCUGCUUUGCGCAAACAGAAGCAUCAGCUAGAGGAAGGCAUGCAUCAACUCCAAGGAAAAUUGUUUGCUAAUGAAGAGAAGCACAGGGAGGAGGUAGAUGAGUUGCAGGCGCAGCUGGACAAGAGGAUUCGUGACCAGAGCAGAGACGGUGCUAAUUUAGAAUAUCUCAAGAACGUCAUCUAUAGAUUCCUCACACUACAAGACUCCAGAGGUUGCCAGCAGACGCUCAUGGCCAUUCUGACCAUCUUACACUUCAGCCCUCAGGAAAAGCAGGCUGUCAUGAAGCAGCAGGUGCACAGCUGGUGGUCACCCAGGAAUAGAUGAUGCGAUCAAUUCAUAGCUCAGUGCAUUUAUUUAUUUUCUACUCGUUAUUUUCUCAUCUUUUUUAACUGUAUAUCAGAUUAUAAGGGCAGUUUAUGUCAAUGUUUAUGUUCAGGUGGUGUUUUCUGGUAAAGCUGAUAACUUUUCAUUCUUUUGUUUUUUGUUAUAAUUCUGACAUUCCAAGUGAAUAACUUGCUUUAAAUCUGUCAGCAAUAUUUACUGACCAAUAAAUCAUUAAUAAUGAAA